UUAAUCUGAAGGAGCUCCAGGAGGCUUUUGGUUUCGGGCGGCAAGGGUUAAAGCGUCUAUCUGCCAUUGGGCGGUAUGGAGAUCCAGCCAUCUGCAAGCAAAGCAGCUGUCGCCUUCGCCUUCACGCAAGAGAUCGGUGCAGGAAAACACUGUGGAUGUACCACGAGACUUGUUGAUCUCCUUCCGUUAAGAAAAAAAGAAACGGGGCGAAAUGUUUAUGUUUGAAAAAGAUAAACGACGCGAUGUAUACAGGCUUUAUUUAAACUGUGACGUCCCUGUGUUUUUUCCAAUUUAAUGCUUUACUAUUUCUCACCGCUGUCAGCGAUGAGCCAUCACAUAUUGAGCUGUACGGGCGGGCUACAGCGGACCCUACGCUUAACUCUUUAGUUACAAGAUGGUUCAGGGUGGAUAAAAUUGACCAUUAAUACAGCAGCAGUCGAUUCAGCACCACUGGAGUGGACAGCGACUUCUUCAGUUAAGCCAUCAGCCACAAUGUCUCUGGAGCUCAAUCCACUCAAACAUUCCCUGUCCCACGGACACAUUUGUAGGACAGUCCAUACAUGAGUUGAGAGCAAAAUGGAUAAACCAUCCGCAGGAAUGAGUAAAGUUGGCUCUCGGUCGACGGCCUCUCUCCCUCCGGAGCCUGUGGAUAUUAUUCGGAGUAUGUCGUGCUACCGGCGCGUCAAGCUGAACGUUGGCGGUCUGCCUCACGAGGUCCUGUGGAGAACCCUGGACCGACUUCCGCGCACGCGGCUGGGCAAACUACGAGACUGCAAAACCCACGAAGCGCUCAUGGAAGUAUGCGACGACUACAACCUGGACGACAACGAGUACUUUUUCGACCGGCACCCCGGGGCGUUCACGUCUAUACUGAACUUCUACCGCACUGGGAAGUUGCACAUGAUGGAGGAAAUGUGCGCCCUGUCCUUCAGCCAAGAGUUGGACUAUUGGGGUGUGGAUGAGAUCUAUUUGGAGUCCUGUUGCCAGGCGCGCUACCACCAAAAGAAAGAGCAAAUGAACGAGGAGCUGAAACGGGAAGCCGACACUCUGAAAGACAGGGACGGGGAAGAGUUUGAUAAUACGUGCUGUUCAGAGAAAAGAAAGAAACUUUGGGAUCUGCUAGAGAAACCUGGAUCAUCUGUAGCUGCCAAGAUCUUGGCCAUCAUCUCUAUCCUAUUCAUUGUGCUCUCCACUAUUGCUUUGUCCCUGAACACCCUCCCGGAGCUGCAAGACACAGAUGAAUUUGGUCAGACUACUGAUAAUCCACAGCUAGCCCACGUGGAGGCAGUGUGCAUCGCUUGGUUUACCAUGGAAUAUCUUCUUCGUUUCCUUUCAUCACCAAACAAGUGGAAAUUCUUUAAAGGUCCCCUUAACGUCAUCGACCUGCUGGCAAUUUUACCAUAUUACGUCACUAUUUUCCUGACAGAGUCCAACAAGAGUGUGCUGCAGUUCCAGAAUGUACGGCGAGUGGUGCAAAUCUUUCGAAUCAUGCGAAUUCUGCGAAUCCUCAAAUUGGCACGUCACUCCACUGGGUUGCAGUCUCUGGGUUUCACACUGCGACGGAGUUACAAUGAGCUAGGCCUGCUUAUCCUCUUCUUGGCUAUGGGAAUCAUGAUAUUUUCCAGUCUAGUUUUCUUUGCUGAAAAGGAUGAGGAUGACACCAAGUUCAAGAGCAUCCCUGCCUCUUUCUGGUGGGCCACUAUUACCAUGACCACUGUGGGAUAUGGUGAUAUAUACCCCAAGACGCUACUGGGUAAAAUAGUUGGUGGUCUUUGUUGCAUAGCAGGAGUGUUAGUGAUCGCCCUUCCCAUUCCCAUUAUCGUUAACAACUUCUCUGAAUUCUACAAAGAACAGAAAAGACAGGAAAAAGCCAUCAAGAGACGCGAGGCUCUAGAACGAGCCAAGCGUAAUGGCAGUAUAGUGUCUAUGAAUGUUAGAGAAGCAUUUUCUCGAGGGGCUGAUCUUCUAGAUGUGGUGGUGAUGGACAAGGGCGAGAGGUCCAAUGACAACCACCUCUCACCCAGUCGGUGGAAAUGGUCAUCUAAACGGGCGACAUCUGAGACCAGCUCUAAUCGUUCCUUUAACCCAGAGCAAGGUUCCCCAAACAAGCCAAGAUCUUCUAGUCCACAGAGGCUUAAUGCACAGAAACUAGAAGAAAUGUACAACCAGAUGGCUAAGACUCAGUCACAGCCCAACCUAAACACCAAAGACAAAAAUACAUCCCGAGCAGGACACAGAAGGGAUGAAAUUGAGCUGGGAGCCUUGCCGGGUCAAGGAGGAGACCCGCUGAAUGGGGGUCGCGAAGGAGUGGUGGACAUGAAAAGUCUUUCCAGCAUUGAGAGCUAUAUAAGCUGUGCAACAGACUUUCAAGAGAACCCACGAUUUCCCUACAAUCCAGCAGGGGGCUUGUCUUUCCCAGAGAGCUCUCGUUUCUCCCACAGCCCUGGUUCUGGCCUCUCUGGUCGAGUCAGUGCUAACCCAAGUCUGCAGACCACCAUGGAGCACGAGACCAUGCUCGCACCACCAUGUUCUGGUGCCAAACCUCUUAACAUGGAUGGUUUACGCCAACAAAAUACGCUUGGAAGUUCUCAGAAAAUCCAUUCAGUCAAGGUAAAUCAUCGCAGUUGUGGGGAGACCAGCCUAUCAGGUGGUCCUCAGUCCGACAGCUCGAUUAUUUCCGACCACUCCAUCCUUAGUCCAGAGGUGUCAGUCUACACAACUGCCAGCAGCAGGACUCCAACUAAAACACCUGAGAAGAAGGCACGCACCCCUGCGGUCUUCACUUUCCACGACGCCUCCAUCAGCAAGUACAUUGACGCCGACACAGACGAUGAGGAGCAUUUGCGUGAAAGCGCCCCUUCGGAGCGUCUGCUGGGUGGCCUGAGCUCCAAGCCUCGGCUCAGCGCUUACCAGGGGGGCACCAACCACCUGGAAGCCGCCCAGAGGCUGCUAGGUCAGAACUGCCUUUUUCCAUUAGGAAGUAGCCCAGGUGUUAGCCACGAGAAUCACGUGGCUUCAGAAAACUCACAAAGACCCAAAGGGGACAGGGGACAUUCCAACACUUUUGAUAAGGGCCACUGAGGCCCCAGAGUCAUGAGUCCAAGUAGGCCAAGUUCAGUCAAGGACAUCGGAGGAAACAGAGACUAAUGUGCAUUGGAGAAUCAUUUUACAGGCAUCUGACCAAAGGGCCUACCCUGGUGACUUUAGGCGGGAGAGAUCACUGGAAAACAGAGGUCAUGUUACAUCAUUAAGAAACAGGAUCUUGAGGAUGUACCACUGCCUACACCUCUUGCCCUGUAAACAACCCUGCAUUGGUGGGUCCCAGGGCCAGAACAGAUCUGGCACGUAGUUGUUAGUGACAAGAAUAGAAUUUAUUGUAAAGCUUGAAGGCUUACCAGACAUUAAAGCGCACAUGUGUAUGGAAAAUCAAGGGGAUGGUCUGUCACUGCCUACGUUAGCUAGCCACUGUCCAGAGCCCACCAUAAAGUUUAACAUUAGAUACAAUACACCCUGUUUACUGGUGCACCUAAUAAACUGGCCUUGGGUAACUGCAUUGAUGAGUGAUUGUGUGCUAUAAGACUAUAUGAUAUAGGGAGGGCUGUUGGUAUAACGUAUAUAAGUUACAUUCCUGCAAACAUACCCACUCUCCAAAUUCACAUAGUGUGUGAUUCUAACUUGAUUUAUUUUUAUAUAGACAUGAAGAUUAUCUCUAGAAAUAUUUCUUGUUUCAAAUUCACAAGUAAGAAUGAAAGAGAUCUUAUUAGAAGAGACCAAAAUCUUUACAUUUACCAUUCUCUCAUGUUCUGUUAUGGCACAAAACAACGUAGUGUGUGUUUAAAAGUAACAAAAGGUACACAUCACACUGUGUAUCUGUGUAUCGUUCUUGCAAUGGCCAUGCUUAUCACAUAUUCAAUAAACAGCACAUGCAGAUCGGCAGCCCAAACCGAAGCAAGAACCACGGUGAAUGGAUACGGACCUCUCCCUGCAAACUUAAAGAUAAAGGAAACUACCGAAAAACUUCAGGUCAAUUCAACACUUCAGUAAGAUUGACAAUUUCAUAGCAGAUGAUGCCGAAUAUUUCUGAAUAAAUAAGCAUAGAUAUAUAUUUCUAAAGUAUUUUCUAGAUGAUCCUGUGAAGUGUGGUAGAUGGUCUCUUACUUUUACAUAGGCAGUGAAAAUGUUUAUUUUCAAACGUUGAUUUAGUAUAAAGAUUAAUGGGACCUUUUGUGUCCCAAAUUGUAAUUCAGGCUCAAAGUACUUCGUGACCAAGAUGAUCACUUUGAAAGUAUAAAAACAUUGAUCACUUUUAAUACAAGAGCUCUGUGGGCUUGUUUACCUUCAAAUUACAUCACAGAUAUGAUCCCUUCUUAAAAAAAGAUAAAAUCAUUAUCACCGAUACCAUACACAGUCCAGCAUGUAUUCACAGGUAUGUAGACGAUGUCCUGAAGACAACUAUAUAUCCAGUUUCCAUGGUGACCACAAGCCCUCCCUGCCAGUGCUCAUAUCCAGUUUUGAAAAGCGGGAUAGAGAGGGCUAAAUUAGAUCAAAAACAUACAUUGCAUCAGGGUGAAACCAUACUGAAAUAAAUGAAAAUGUCACAAAUGGGAUUUAAUUUGUAUGUAUGUAUGUGUGUGUGUUAUUUGGGGGUGCGAAGGUUAUUGGCUUCUCUUGAGACUUGGGUGUGUGUUAGCCUCCAUCCUUGUCUCAGCGAUUUAUUUGAGGUGCGAACUGAAUACCAAUUUUUGCAAGAGAGAGAGGAAGGACGGUAUCUAGGUUAGUAUGGUAUAUUCCCUUUCUCUGCUCAAUAUGAAAUAUUUUUUGAUUGAUACGAUCGGUACGGCUGCUUUAUGAAAGCUUAAUGCGUGAGAUCCACAUCCAAUGCCCUCUUCAUACACGAUAGCAACGCUGUUUUCUUACUAAAGCCAUGUAAAAGCCAUGUUUUUCUCUGUGUGAAGCUAUGCCCUGAAGUCAACCCUUGUGUUUUGUGAUAAUUCAUGGGUAAAUCCAGCGGAAAAGAAUGACACAAUGACUUUUUAAAUAAAUUAUUUAUUUCUCUAAUUUAAUUUUUAUUUUCGCUGUAACACUAAUGGGGUGCUACAUUGCCAUAUAAACAGGUUCUACUAUAUGCAUUCAUUAUGCAAAAUAUAAUUUAAAAUUAUGAUUUUGGGUCGAAACAUGAUAUACAUAUUAUAUAAAUAUAUCUCUGACAGGUUUUGUGAGUUUUACUCCAAUUUUGUCCAUAUUAAUUGGCCAAUCAGAGAUUAGCAUAUGUUUUGUUAUUGCUUAUAAUCAGCCAUCAAUUUAUAAUAUAAGACUAGAGUCUUAUAUGGGUGAUUAUUUUGGGGGAUUUUUAGCCACCAGUCAACAAGUGAUGACAAUCAGUAAUUUGAGUCGAAUGUCAGUGUCUUACUGAAUGGUUUAAUGGCAUUAAAGGUGUGCCGUCUAUAACACCAAACCAUGCAUAAAUAUAGGUUUAAAUUCAUUAUGGUACAUAAAUAAAAAAUUAUGUGGUAUUGCAAAUGACUCAAAAACAUUUGAUGAACUGACCAUGCUUCCGGCAUCAACAUGGACGUGCGUUAAUUUAAACUAGGGCUGGGCUGAUACUACUUUUUCAUGUUUGAUAACACACAGAAGGGAUACCACAACCUUGAGAAUCUAUCAAUACCGAUCCAGUACCAUCUCUAUCUCCCAUUUAAUCAAUUAAGCUGAAAAUAACACAUUUGUUUGCCAUACAAAAGGCUUAAACAGAGCUACAGCACUCAAACAUUUUACUUUGCAACAAAUGACAAAUUUAAGACUCAAUGAAACAUUGUGCAAUACUACCGAGCCCCUAAGGGGACAUGGAGCAAAAAUUAAAUAAAGUUUAGUUUUGCGUGCGCACGUCAAACUAUUCACAUGCAAUAUUUUCACGUGAGCACGCAAAACUAAACUUUAAAAAAAAUUCUGCACAUAAAGGUUUCGCGUGAGCACAUAAAAGUUUCACGUCAGCACAUGAAACUAAAUUUGAGAUUUUUUUACUCCAAUGUCACCUUAGGGGCUCGGUAAAAUACUUAUUCUUCAUUUUUAUUUAAAACGGUUUAAACUAGUAGCAACAUUUUUAGUUAGUCAGCACAAAAAUUCAAAAUGAAAUUUAAGCUGUAACUUUGGACAAUUUAAAGUGCGCUUUGACAUGACAAGGUCCGUGUUGGUACACCCCGACUUCUACAAUAUUCAAUCCAACCAUUUUCGCCAAUAUUGGACUAAUAUUGAUACUGAAUAUCGGCUCGGCCCACCCCUAAUUUACACUUUAAUUUAAAUAUUUAUUUUAGUUGUGGUUUACAAUAGCAUGUAUUAGGUCAUCAAAGCUUAGACUUUUAAUUUUGUUAUCGAUGAAGGGUUUGUAUGCAUCUCAUUGAAAACGGCAGGCAAGCACAAUAACUUCUUUUAUUUAUUGCAUUUCUUACAAGAUUGUACAAAAACAAUGAUAAUUAGAGGCAUGGAGUAUUUAUUGAUAAAAGAAAUUAACAUAAACAUCCAUAUAGAGUUUCCAGGGAAUAAAAAAAAACAGAGAGCACUGUUUACAAUCCCUCCCUUCCCCUAAAUCUUUACAAUGUUGUUUGUAGGUCUAAAGGCUGUUUGUUUUGUAAACUUUCUACCUGUUGACUUUCUAUGCCGUUGUUUCUGUACGCGUGUUACGUUGUUUAAUGCAUGUUGUACCUCUCAACUUGUAACUUGUUCUGUAUGUGACAAAAAGGUAAUUCCUUGUCUUGUAUAGGAAAAAGAGCCAAAAAUUGUGUCAAAAUGUCCUGAAAUCGUUUGGUUUCUUCGCAGUAUGAAUAAGAGAUCGCCCCUCCCCACUUGGUUGGCUGGAAAUCAAAUAAAUAAUACAGAUGAUUAAUUUUA